AUGACUUUUUCAGACAGAUAUAAGUUUGUUCUAAUUGCUUUGGGAAACUCUGGCAGAGGUUCUGGGGCAGUUGAUCAAGGAUCCCCUGCCCAGGAACUGUCCACAUAUCCCCUGUACCAGUUUUGGGUUUCUCCUGUCCUGGAUCCCCCUCUCCUCGCUGUCAUUCUCCUUGCCCCCUGCUCAUUCUCAUGUUACCUCGCUCCUGGUCCCACCCUGCUCCCAUCCCAGUCUGGAUCCCACUCUUGGUCUCAUUCCCUGUCCCGUAUUCUCUGUCUGGUUGUCAUUCUCAUAAUCCCGGUCCCAUAUUCCCUGUCCUGUUCCCGUUCUCAUAUUCCCAGUCCUCAUGCUGGUCCCGCAUUUCCAUUUCCAUAUUUCCUGUCCCAUUUCCGUAUUUCCAUUCCCAGCCCUAUUUCUAAUCCCGGUCCCAUCUUUCUAAUCCCUAUCCCAUAUUCUCUCUCCAGUUGCUGUAUCUGUAUUCCCUGUCCUGUUCCCACAUUUCCAUUCCCAGUUCGUGUCCUGUAUUCCCCGUCCCAGUCCUGUAUUCUUGUUUCUGUUCCUGGUUCCCGUUCCCAUUCCCUGUCCCCAUUCCCUGUUCCCUCUCACCAGGCCCCGCCGCCAUCGCUCCGGCCCCCCCGCGGCCCACACGUGACCAGGGAGAACCCCGCGCUGCUUCCGCCCACCAAUCACAGCGCGCGAUCGCUCCUGGAUUUGCAUAACCACGCUUUCGGUCCUGACCCCGCCCACCGCCGGCUGAAGCCGCGUCCGGGCGCUGUUUAUUCCCAGUUCCGUCCCAGUGCUCCCAGUAAGAGCGGUCCUAGCACGGAAAGCGCUCCCAAUUCCUUCCGGGUUCUCUCAGGAUCGCUUCGAGUGCUCCCAGUAUUGGUUCCAGCACUGUGCAGGGCACGGCCACUUUGGAACCCCCCAGGGCAGAGCACGGCUGCUUUUCAGUGUCGGCACCGACCUGGGCCGGGCUGGGAGCGGAGGAGGGGGAGGAAGGAAAGAGGAGCGGGAAGAACAAGAAGGGGAAAGUCAGGAACAUGAGGAAGAGGAGCUGCAAGAGAAAGAGCAGCAGCAGAACCACUCGGCUCCCCCGCCCGCCCGCUCAGGCUGCAGUUCCCCCAACUCUGGCAGCAUCACCCUGCCCCCCCGGAACCCACAGGAUUUCCCAUUCCCAAAUCAUGGUCAGAUGGAGGAGGAGGCCGUGAGGAAGAUGGCCCAGAAGCCCUAUGCAGACAAGGAGCUGAGGAUGGAGACCAGGGAGGACAAAUCCCCACAGCUGAACCUUAUGGAAAAGGCAUUUUAAACCAGCUCCAUGGUGCAGGAAUCCAAGGAGGAGGAAAAGCCCCAGAGAUCCCUCAUGAGGGGUUACAAAUGCAGAUCACGGUGAUCCAAAGCAGAAAGACCCACUCCGGGCCAGGGAGGUGGCCAGAGAUGCUGCUGGAGCUUAGAGCUGAGAGUCCAUGAGCAGCUUCAUGAUGGGGAGAAGCCCCACAAGUGCUCAGAAUGUGGGAAGAGCUUCAGCAAGUGAUCCUACCUGAUCCAACACUGGAGAAUCCACAUGAGGGAACAGCCCUAUGAGUGUGGGGAGUGUGGGAAGGGCUUCAAGACAAGCUCUGACCUGACUGCCCACCAGAUGAGCCACACAAAGCAGAGGCGUGCCGAUUGUGAGGAAUGCAGGAAGACAUUUAAGACUAGCUCCAGUCUCCUCAGGCAUCAGCAGAUUCAGAGGAGAGGCCCUUCCACUGACCCAACAAUGGGAAUGGCUUCAACCAAAACUCCACUGUCGUCACCCACCAGCGCAUAUAUACUAGGACGAGGCCCUACGAGUGUCCCAAAUGUGUGAAGUCCUGUUCCAGAAGCUCUCACUUUACCCUACACCAAUGAAGGCACCACUAAGGGAAGCCCUGCAAAUCAAGUGCAGGAAGAGCUUCAUGUGCUGCUCCAGCUCCAUCCCCCGUGGCAGGAUCUGUGCUGGAUGUUCCUGUGGCCCCCAGUGGGCAGAGCAUUGCUGGUCCAUGGUGCCCGUGAUCUAUGUUAGAAAUACACCUGGCUGGGUGGCUCCACAUCCUCCUGGCUCCCCAUGGGCACCUGGACAUAUCCACAGAUCAACAUCAGAAAUCCAUUGUGAAGAGCACGUUUGUCGACUUCUGACCCGAGAAAAAUCUCACUCUUUGCAUCUUCUGGUGGUAUCAAGCAACACUGAAUGGCCUUGGAGGUCUUCUCCAAUAGAAAUCCAUCAUUUUAAUCCUUUCUGGCUCAUGGGCAUCUUCCACAGCCAAAUGGGAACAUACUGGGGCAAACCCCACAAUUUUGGAGAUGGUGGGGUGGAAACCCCUUCAAAAAGGGUUCUUCCCACCCAGCCAAGCAUGUGGAUGCUUUGCCAGCAGGGACACAUAAAUUCUUUUGUUUUGGCCUUGAAACAAAAAGGUUUCUGUUCAUUCCUUUGAAAGCCCUGUAACUGGGGUUAAAAAUAACGACAAGGAACUAAGACAUGGGUGGGGCCAUGGGGGGAGAUGGAUGAGGAUGUGAGGAACAUGGAUGGGGACAUUGCGAAGUGCUGUCCAAUGCAGGUACUGCCACCACAUCCCCACUAUCACCACCACAGUGCACCAGCCAGAUGUCAUCACCCAGCAGGGCAGGAGGUGGAACUUGUUCGGCUGUUGACAAGUGGCCCGGAGGUGAGUGACAGUCACCAGGGCGUCCUAGGGACUCCACGCUCAGAGGACCCCAAUGGCCCAAGGUACAGCACAAGGGUCAGUGCCACCCACAGUGUCAUGUGGCCCCAUGCUACAUGUCACCAGGGGUGUCCUGGUGACAUUGUCCCCCUGCUAUCUGUCCUGGUGGCAUCAUGUCCUUUCCCCUCUGUAUGUCCAAAUUCCCUACCAUAUCUUCCUCUCGCCUUCCAUGUGUCCCCUGCCCCCAGUGGGGCCAAAAACCAUGAGGUCCUGGGCUGUCUGAGGGGACCCAUCCUGUAGUGUCCCUGUGUCCCUCAAUGUGUGCCCAUGUCCCUCAGGAUGUCCCCAUGGCUGCUUCUGGCACGGAGCAUCUGCACUCACCCUGGCACAGGUAGGAAAACACUGUAACACCCCAUGACAUCCUUGUCCUCUGAUUUUAGGUCCUUCUCCCCUCCAUUUUCAGUCCUUUUCCCCUUUUUUGGGUUCAGUGCCCCCUAUUUUGAGUCUUUUCUGUGCUUGUUUGGAUUCUUUCCAUCCUUUACCCCAAUUUUAUGCACCCUCGCCUUCACUUUGGCACAUUUUUGGGUGCAUCCCUCCCUUCCAACCCCCUCCGCACCUUUUAGGCGCCCCUCACUCCCCUACACCCCAACUCCCUUCCCCACAGACAUCUCCCCAGCUGUGUC